AUGCCGGCCUCGAGUCGAAAGGAGAAACGAGCUGGCAACGCACCCUCUCACACCCCCUCCCCUAAUGACCACUUUGAGAUAUGCUACUCGGCUUGGAUGGCAGGCCUUCUGUGCUGUCGACCGGACGUAGUAGCGACGACAACUGCAUGUGACUCGACAAGUGAUGCCGAGUCCUGCUCGGUCCAGACUGUUGCUAUCCUGUUUGAUUGCCGUGGCAACAUCAGUUCAGCUGACUGGUACAUACAUUCAAGUGCAUUAGUUCUCAUUUUGGGCAGCCUCACAUUGUGCCCUUACAAGGUCGUCACGGCUUCUCUGAACCGCGAUGUUGCAAAUUGUGGAAAACUUUCCUCUCUGGGACCCUCUUGCUCGUCUUCAGGCGGCAACAGGUCCCAUUCGUUUGUGAAUUUUGAUGAACAAGCCGUAAUUACGGUGGACAGAGUCGGUAGUUAA